AUGAACAGCUCCGAUAAGCCGUACAUCAUGCACGAUGAAAAGGAGUCACCUGAGAAGCAUGGCGAGUCUACGACUGCGAUAGAGAGUGAUCUCACGACCAUACUCAAGAACCAGCCGAUAAACACUUGGGGUCGUGGCUCCUUGCAUCUCUAUGCUGUGUGCUUGCUGGUGUACUUGUGUUCCACGAUGAACGGCUAUGACGGAUCACUGAUGGGCUCCAUCAACGCCGUCCCAAGCUACACUUCCUACUACAAUCUCCCCAAGGAAGGCAACAGUGGUACAGGCAUUGUCUUUGCAAUUUUUCAGAUCGGUCAGAUGACUGGAGCCUUCUUCUGUUGGGUAUCGGACUGGCAUGGCCGCCGGUGGCCUAUCUUCGUCGGAUGUGUAGGGACCUGUAUUGGCGCCAUUGUAACAUCUGUCGCUCCCACGAUCCCUGCGUUCAUCGGCGGACGAUUCCUGCUCUCUUUCUUCUCGACCAUCGCAACGACCGCAGCACCGUUGUACCUGAUUGAGAUUGCGCCGCCGCAGUACCGCGGCACUGUUGCAGGGAUGUACAAUACAUUGUAUUAUUUGGGAUCAAUUAUCGCGACGUCUGUCGUCUACGCUUCGCAAAAGCGCUGGGGCAACGACGGCAACAUUCUAGCUUGGAGACUUUCACUCUGGCUGCAGAUGAUCUGCCCUGCCAUCGUGGCCGUGUUCAUAUGGCUUUGCCCAGAGUCGCCACGAUACUUAAUGGCAAAGGACCAACCCGAAAAGGCACGCAAAGUCUUGGGUACGAUUCACGCAAACGGCGAUGAAACGCAUCCAUUGGUCGAACUCGAGAUGGCUGAGAUGCGCCGCGCAAUUCUGGAGACAGGACUCAUGUCUUGGAAGACUUACUUUGAUGUCCGAGACUUGUUCAAGACGGGUGCACGCCGCUACCGGAUGAUGUUGAACAUGACCUUUGCGUGGUUCGGGCAGUUUUCUGAUCUCCCCACACUCGUGGCCUACGUUGGGGUCACCGACCCCAGCACACAGCUACUCCUCAACAUCAUCUACGCAAUCGGAGGCUGGAUCCCAGCUAUAAUCGGCGCGCGCCUUCACGAUGUCGUCGGUCGCCGAAAGAUGCUUAUGGGUGUUACAGUCGGUAUGGCAGUUUGUCUAGCCAUCGCAGCAGGGACCGCGGCCGACUUCGUCAACACUGGCAGCAAGACAGCUUCCGUCGCUUCGAUCUCAUUCAUCUACAUCUUCGGUUCGGUCUUUGCGCUCGCGUUCACUUCAAUGCAACCCAUUUACCCCGGCGAAGUCCUGUCCAACGACAUGCGUGCGAAGGGCAUGGGUAUCUUCCAAUUGACGUCCGGAUGUGCAGGGUUCGUGAACACGUUCGCUGCACCAAUUGCCCUUAAGAAUAUCGGCUACUGGUUCUAUGUGUUCUUCGUAUUCUGGGACCUGUUUGAGUUCGUAUUCAUCUACUUCUUCUAUGUCGAGACAAAGUCAAUCACCUUGGAAGAGCUGGAUGCCAUCUUCGAAGCGCCGAACCCACGGAAGGCAAGCACGAGAGCGGUGCGCUUGAUGCAUGUAGAGGAUGCGCCAUCGUCGUGA